AACGCUGCAAUCCUAGGUAUAGUUAUCAGGAAGUGCCCUCUUUACUUAGAUAAACGUACUUAGAAUCCAGCUGGAAGUGUUUUGUUGAACUGAAUUAUUUGUGUGAAUGUGACUUCUUUAUGGGCGCAGACUGAUCCUUCCUUACUGAGGUUAAAAUGAUCUGCUUUCUAUUGCUAUAUUGCCAAACACUUAUUAUUUUUCAGAUUGGAAAAAUGCUGCUCAGAUCAAAUGCUACAUUAAACAGAAGAAUUAUCCUAAUGAAAAGCAGGAGAAAAACUCAUGGCCUUCUAGCAGUGGACAUAUUUUAAGGAAAUAUGUUGAUGGAGAAGUUGUUGUCAUAUAAUGGGGAACUCCUGAUUUUCCAGCUGUCAAAACUGAAAUCCACACAGGGCGGUGGUACAAAAGUGAUGAAAUUGCACGUCAGGAGAAUGUCAUUUGACAGUUGUACUAAACAGUUUAUUGAGAUGUCUACUGGGUCAUUUAGCGAUUGUGAGGAUGGUGUGGAAAUGAUUCAUUGCAGCUGUGGAUCUGACUUCAGAACAGGAAUCCUUCACCCUUGUGUUCUAUUGAAAAAGAAGACGAAGAAGAACACAAAAUAUAAUUUACUCUUGCUUCAUAACAGUAACAAAUUUGAGCUGGUUCUGCAUUUUAAAUUGGAUUAUGAACUGAAAGAACCCAUAAAGUUGCUUUCUGGCCCAACAGUUUUAUGGAGCCAUGAAAAAAGCCUGUUUCACAUUUCUCCCCAAACUUGCACUGUUUUAUGUGCCCCUGUUCGGCUUUGUUCCAUCAAAUGGGCGGGUGAGAUUAAGGGUCAGGGUGCUGUUGUUCUGGGAACAAGACCUGCUUGUUUGACAGAGAGAGGCAAUGGGCAAAGUGUUCCCAAAUCAGAUGCAUUCAUCUGGGGUACUGAGUGCUUUGCCUACGCAGUGGAGAAACAGCAAGUGCUAACAAGGGCCAAUUUUGUUCCUCAUGCUUAUGGCGGCAUGGUAUCGUGUGUGCACGUUUGCGAAGCCGAUGCCGUGAGAAGCAAGUUCAGGACGUCAGUUGUCGUAGUCACAAGCAAAAGCCAAGUCAUCCUUUUCCAAGAUGGCCUGCCAAAAGAUGUUCACCAGCUUCCAUAUGAGAAUCCCUGUUCUGUACAAGUAGCAGCAGUGGAAGGAAACAGCCAGUUGGUUGUUGUAACCUUUGCUUCAGGAGAUGUGUGUGCUCUAUGGAUGCGUAAUUUACAGGUGGUUUCUUCCUGGAAAAAUGUGAGGUCUGUUCUGGUAGAUGAUUUUGUUGGCAUUGGAACGGAGCAAAUCUUAGUUCUUCUAAAGACUGACUCCAUCUCAGAAAGUUUAAACACAUUUCAAAUAUCAAAUUUUGGAAAUGUUCACCAUGUGAAUAACAUAAGCUAUGAAGAUGACUCACAUUCUACACAAGAGCUACAAAAGAACCACUUCCUUACUAUCAAAGGACUUGAAGCAAGAUUGCAGGCUGGCUUUGCUUCUGUUCGAGAGCUACAGCAGCAUUUACGGCUCAAAGAAAAGGUUCUGGUGGAAAGUUGUGGAGCAUUGAUUGACCUAGUUCAAGACCAAAAACAUAGUCUUCCAAGUGCGGAAAAGGCAGGUCUUGUUUCCCUCUGGGAUGAACCGUUGGAUAAUGGCACAUCAACUCCAUCUAUAGGCAAAGAGCAGCUUGUACAGGAGGUUUGGUACCGUGUGGUGGAGGACAACUUAGUAGUUGGAGUGAAACUAAUGGACACAUAUGACUUGCUGCUCAGUGAUGUCCGUUUAUCUUUGAUAAUGGGUCGGAAAUGCCCUUCAGCUUUCCCAGCUAAGUGCCGCUGCAGCGUAGUUGCAUUGAAGAAAGCUGCGCUGGCAGAAUCCGCAUCCCACUGGCAACUGGAGCCGCUGCUUAAAAGGAUCAAGCUAGAUUGCCAUAAUGGGAAGGAGUGCAGUGGGGAACCUUCUCAGGUGAAGGCGGAUAGGAUAAAAAACUUCACUGCAGUUACCGAGCUGUCCCCUUUCUUGGCAUUGCAUGAAGUAGGCUGCGUGGUACUGUUACACGCCACGAAGAGAAGCUGCAGAGAUGAUGAACGUCUGCAGAAAAGCAAAAUAAUGGCUUUAUUAUGUGGGAAGAUUUUAUUAAGUCUGGCUGAGGUUUCUGCUGGAAAAUAUUCGAUAAAUCUAAAAGAUUAUAAAUACACAGGUGCCAUAAAAGAUCUUGUUGCACUUUGUGCAGUAUCACACAAGGUGUCACUUCAAAUCAUUUCCUCUGAGUAUACAUUGAUUCACAUAAAAACAUGGCUGCAGGAACAGAUGGAGUGUGCACCAAUAAAAGAAUAUCCUGAUACUUUCAUCUCUUGUAAAUCCGGAAAUCUGAAUGGCACUGUCUUCAAGUGGAAUCUCAAAACACCAUUCGAAGGAACUUUAACAGUAUUUUACAGACACCAAACGAUUUUGUUCCAGUGCCUUCAUAACCUCACCGGAUCGUUGCCACCAGCCUGUAAGAUAAAACCACUAAGGGUAGGAAGAAAGAAGGUACUUGCUGAACAGCUUGCACUAACUUUAGAAAAGGAAAUGGUCACUCUCCGGCAAGCUUCCUCCGCAGCUCUAAGCCAACCUGAAAACCACUUGUCUCUGAUUUAUGAGGAGAGCAAAGAAGCAAGUAGCGUCUCUGCAGUGCAGCAGUUCAGAGAGCAGUUUCAAAGGGAGCAGAAGCAAUGCAUGCUGGGUAUGAACCGAACAGUGGGUGGUGCCUUGUACAGGAGACUCAUCUUGAAUGUAUUUGAAUCGCAGCUGAAUUCUGACACAAUUGCGUGGCAGUGCUCAUUACUCGGAAAACUUAUUUGACUUAUUUCUUAGCCAAAGCUAUAACGUGACGCACUUCACAUUCCUCUUUAUGAUUAAAAUGAAGAAUCCAUUAGUGCUCUUA